GUCUCGGAGUCUCCUGGCAGGGAGGCGGGCGGUGAUCAAGUUGGGGAGUCUACCGUUGCCUCCGUUGCGUUGCUCCUAGCGGCAGGCCGCCCCUGCGAGACUGUAGGACCGGCAGUACUGCGCGCGCAGCCCUCGCUGGCCCGCCGACUCUUCAGGCCCCGUGAACCUCCGGGGGCGGCGGGAGCGCGGGGCCGAGGAGCCCGGUGCGUGCGGACGGGCUGCGGCGGGGCGGCCGCCGGGACGCCAUGUCCAUGGAGGACCCCUUCUUUGUGGUGAAAGGGGAGGUACAGAAAGCAGUCAAUACUGCUCAAGGGUUAUUCCAGAGAUGGACAGAACUCCUCCAGGAUCCUUCUGCAGCAACAAGAGAAGAAGUUGAUUGGACCACCAAUGAGCUCAGAAAUAACUUACGCAGCAUAGAAUGGGACCUAGAAGAUCUGGAUGAAACUAUCAGCAUAGUUGAAGCAAAUCCUCGAAAAUUCAACCUUGAUGCAACUGAACUGGGUGUAAGAAAAGCCUUCAUUACAAGCACACGGCAAGUUGUCAGGGAAAUGAAGGAUCAGAUGUCGAGUUCGUCAGUUCAGGCAUUAGCUGAAAGAAAAAAUAGACAGGCACUGCUAGGAGAAAGUGGUGGUCAGAGUUGGAGCUCUGGAGCAGAUAAGUAUGGCCGUCUUGAUCGAGAGCUGCAACGUGCUAAUGCCCACUUCAUUGAGGAGCAGCAGGCCCAGCAACAGUUGAUCGUGGAACAGCAGGACGAGCAGUUGGAGCUGGUCUCUGGCAGCAUUGGGGUGCUGAAGAACAUGUCACAGUGCAUUGGUGGGGAGCUGGAGGAACAGGCAGUAAUGUUAGACGACUUCUCUCAUGAGUUGGACAGCACACAGUCUCGGCUGGACAAUGUGAUGAAGAAACUUGCGAAAGUGUCCCAUAUGACCAGCGAUCGUCGCCAGUGGUGUGCGAUCAUCGUUCUCUUUGGGAUCUUGCUGGUAGUGCUCAUCCUCUUUCUGGUGCUGUGAUGGACAAGCCUUUGGGUGCUGCUCAUUCCCCUUGAGAAAAUGGGAGGGGAGAAAGGAAAAGUCAGCACAGUUAAUGUUGCCACCUUUUUAUUUUGCUCUGAAGAACUCAUGCCCCCAGACUUGGAUUUCCUCUGUAAAUCAGCGCUCGUGGCAGCUGCUGCUGCAAUAUCAGCCUUACAAAGCCCUUGGAGGUAAAGUGGAAGCUGGCCUCCCUUCCAGGUGUUGUGACUCCCGCAGGUGUGCAUCGCCACGCCCGCUGUGCACACAACCAGCUGCUGUUUCUCUUUCCUCCCUCCGAAGUGCAGGGAAUGAAUCAGCAAAUGUCAGUUAUGUUGCUUUUGCAAGGUCUUUCCACUUUUUUCUUGGGGGAUUUUUUUCUCCCUCCCUCCUCCCCCCCCUUUCCUUUUAUCAAAAGCUACUGUCUUAUCUAAAACAAAUUGUUCCGGAAGCCAGGCUGCUGGGUGUACUUCACCUCCUCCUUUGCUGGUCAUUAAGGAAAGUAGAAGACUCAGGAACUAUAUCCAGUAACAGUAAAUGCAGUGAUUCCUGGGCCAGGGUGUCACUUCACCCAGACUCCAGUAGAGGGGUAAAUGCUAAGACCAAUUCCCUGGCCAAGUCCUGUUUCGUUCAGUGGAGAUUGUACUCACUGAACAUGGAGAAACCACGUGGGGUAAAAGAGAUGUGAGCUAUGGCUCUGAGUGCUUCAAGGAGAGUUUGCACACUUAGUCAAGGACUAAACCUGAAUGUGCCCCCUCUGUGGCUUCCUGCUCCCUGUACUAACCUUAGCAUUCACUUGGUGCACAUUCCAUGCUUGGAAAGGGGUUCCCUAAGUCUGUCACUGCAGAGCACUUCAUGGACUGCUUGAAAGAAUUGUGUAGACUGCCUGGGUAGGAGUUGUCUCAUUUCCACUCUAUACUCUUGGUUUUUGUUUAGGUUAGUUUUUUGUUUCGUUGAGGGGAAGAGGGGAAUUGCCACUGUUUUAUUCAUUCCAAGGCUGAAAAUCAGCAAGCUAAACCUCUGCCCUGGACCAGACUUCUCUUACCUGUUUAUAAUAACUAGGGUGGCUGGGUGAUUUUGGUUAUUUGUUUGCUUGAGGAAGCAGUUGAUUUUAUUACUCUCUUCCAUUUGAAUAACUGAGCCAAUUCCAAAUGAAACUGACAAAUGCGUUGUCAUACUUGGUUUAAGGUAAUUUUCAUGAAAACCCAGGCUGCCGACAGACUAAACUUGAGGCUUUUUGAUUAUUUUUCAAAUGCCUCAAACACAUGCACAUGUAAAUAGGAUAUUUUUAUAACCUUCCCUAAUGAAUAAACUAUAUUAAAAUAGCCAUUUGUAUUCAUGGGUUCUCAAAGGCCACGCCAGGAAAGCAUAAGCCUUAGUUAAGUUAGGAUAGGUUCCUUACUGGAGGUUGAUUCCCAUGUGAUGAAUUGCUUUGGCAGCAACUCCUGAGGACUUGUGCUCUGCAUGGGGGGGGAGGGGAGGAUCCACGUUGGUGGAAUUAUGGGGUCAUGCAAGGAAAGGAACGGUUCAGCCAAAAGACAGAGGAUGGACUGAAAAGGCUGGGAGAGGUGUGACCAUUGAGAUGGAAUUUCAGCCUUACCUUGAGUGUCCUUGUCCGUUCGAGUCACUCCUCAGUAUUCACCAGCCUCCUCAGUCAUAAUUAUGUAUUGACCCAGGCUAAUUUUGAAUUGCAGUUUUUAAUACUGGAUAUUUGUAAUGCUUUUCAGAAAAGGGUACCAUCCUUUUUUCUUUUUUUUUCUCCAAGAUCAUGGUAGGUGAGGAAAUUUGACUCUGUGGAUGCUAAAAAAUGAAUUUAUAAAAUAAAAGGGAUGGUUGA